UUUUCUUGCAUGUGCAGAAAAUGUUUUGUGCACUCAAAAUAUCAUAUUGAAUGUGCAGAACUUUGUGCACUCAAAAUAUUUUCUUGCAUGCAGAAAUUUGUGUGCUCAAAAUAUUUUGUUGCUCAUGCAAAAUAACUUUUGUGCGCUCAAAAUAUCAUAUUACAUGUGCAGAAUUUUUUUUUGCACUCAAAAUAUUUUCUUGCGUGUACAAAAGAACUUUUUGUGUACUCAAAAUUUCACCUUGCACGAGCAGAAUAUUUUUGUGCGCUCAAAAUAUAAUUUUGCGCGUGCCGAAUUGUGCCACAUAUAUAACUCCAUACGGGAUCAGGCUAAUUUAAAUUUCCCCCAUUGAAGCCCAAGCCGCUACCUGAUUGGCUCAAAAGUGUGGGAAACAGAAGAUACACGAGACACCCGCACAAUCCGCGUGUAUAUAAGGGGACACAGUUUGACAAGCGAAGCACGCUGCACACGACCUAAGUGACAGCAGGCACUUGACAGACAUUAGGAAGAAUGGCUCCUGCAUGCAAAGUGACUCAGAUAGGAAAGGAUAAAACUAAUUUAAGGAAACCAGUGAUGGAGAAGAAGCACAGAGAUCGUAUCAACAAAAGCAUCGAACGCCUUAAAGUUCUUCUCAAAGCUGAGAUAAAAGCCAUGCAACCCUGUUCUGAACUGGAGAAGGCUGAUGUUCUGGAGAUGGCAGUCGUUUACCUGCAGAGCAACUCUUGGCCACUGGUGUCGCCAAACUCAAGCACACCGGCUGCACAGAGCCACACAGACGGGUUCUCCAGGUGUUUAGAAGAGACAGGACGAUAUCUGUCUCUUCACAACCAGCAACAGACCACCAAACCAGCUUUAAUAAAGCAUGUUGACGCAAUCCAGCUACCCAAAGUCAGUGCAAAAUCUGUUCCAUCUGCGCACAAAUACAACUGUGAGAUCUUUUCACAACGCUCAGGAGACCACCAGGAGCUUUGGAGACCUUGGUGAUCUUAAUGGCAUCGUUAGGAAGACAAACCAAGGCAAAAAUUGAGAAUCGUGACUGUUUUCUCUAUCCGAGUAGAACAUAUUGUUUGGUUAAAGUUUAUAUUAAAUGUAGACCGCAGCUGUCAUGACGCAUAGAAUGUACCAGACUACCCCAUACCUACAUUUGAUAGCACAUAUCUGUAUAUUUACAUUUUGUAAAAAGGAGGACUGUCACCUCCGUAUGUUUCUGUUGAAAUGAAACCUUUUACAGGUGACAGAUCUAUCAUAUUGAUAGAAUGUGUAAAACUGACUCAUGUUGUGUUUGUUUGAAAAAUAAACUAAUGAAAUGAGAAGUUUCUGUGUUCAGUUUAUUUAUUAAAGUAAUAUUUGGUGUUCAGUACAGUUAAAGCUCAAUCGACAGCAUUUGUGGCAUAAUAUUGAUUACUACAAAAAAUUAUUUUGACCUCCUUUUCUUAAAAAAAGAAGCACUUACAAUGGAUGUGAAUGGGGUCAAUCCGUAAAUGUUAAAAUACUCACUUUCAAAAGUAGAGCCACAAGACAAAAAACAAUAUGUAUCUUAACAGGAUUUAAGUGUGAUAAAAUUACUUGCUAGCUAAUUUUACAACUUUCCUGCCAUGACGAUGUCAACAAACCCUAAAACCACUGUAAAAAUGUCAAUUUAAACAACUUUACAGCUCAAAUAAUACACAAGAUUUAACAGAAGAAUAAAUGUAAGUGUUUUUUUUUUCUUUCUUUAAACUCCCCAAAAAUCGGCCCCAUUCCAUUG